UUGGGUUAUCACGUGAUAUCUUUCAACGCGCCGCGGAUCCCGGGACGUGUACGGAGUAGAUGAAGUAUGAUUGAGGGGAUGCGACCAGCUUUAGUCUUCGACCCACGCCCACCCUGUACGUGUAUCAUGCUCGGCUGAUUGCCAUAGUCUGUGGAUGCAGCCAGAAUGUCCACUCGAUCGGACUCCACGGCUACGCGACCGCGCUCGCGCCGCUCUAUUGCCCAUGUUCCGCGAUCUAAGAUGACGUCUGGCCUGGAUAAGGAGAAUGCGACGACAGACAUUGGAGCCAUGGCAUCCUCUGGACCCGGUACCAGGCCUGCCGCGAAGGACAAGAAAUCCAGAAGCAAGAGUCUAGGACCUGGAGGAUUGGAUGCGCUGCAGCAUUCUAAUGGGAAUCGUCGGAAGUCAACUGCCUCGUUUCCUCUCAAAUCAAUUCUCAAACCAACAGUCCCCGUGUCUCCAGUAAGGACUAUCCCAUCAUUCGAGGAGACACGCCGGCGCACCCCUGCUCGCGAUACAUCUACUCAGAAAGCCAGUGCCGCCGGCAACGAUCCAGGAAAGGAGGGGCUUCUGAUCGACUUCGAAACGCCACAACAGCCCCCUAAUACAGGAAACGAGAAGCUCGACAACCCAUUCGACACCUUCAAUGCGACAUCUGCCAUUCGCGACGAGAUGGCUGCAACGAAAGAACGCGACGAGAAGGAGCGUCGGGAGCGGGAACGACAAACUAUCCUGGAGAAGCGAGAAGCCCGACGAAAGUCGAUGGCAAAUCGUCGUGUCUCAUUUGCCCCCGAGGCCACACUGCACACCUGGAACGUUGUCGAGAUUCCCGAGGAUGCAACUUCGUCAUCAGCAUCGAACUCUACUCGCCGGUCGUCAUCCCUUACGAACAGCCAUGCCCAACAACCCGCACCGACCCCCGCAAGGGAGGCGCCCUCGUCGCCGGAUGAUGCUGAAUCGGAUUUCGGAUUCUCUCCUGUUCGCGAGCAAGACUUGCAGCAAAUGAGGGAUCGUUCGGUCUCAGAUGGCACAGAAGAUAGCCAUGCAGACCUUUCUUCAAGUCCUUUCAGCGGAAGCUCAGCUGCGAGCGAAGAUACUGGCGCUCACAGCGUGGUUGAAGAGGAAGAAGAUGGCGACACCUCGGCAUCCGACGACGAAUUUGAUGCCGAGAGCACUGCUAUGAGCAUGGAUAACAUGACUGGUCAUUCCUCUGCCACCGCCCAGUCAGAUGUUUCUUCCAGCUCUAGCUCCAGCGCCAGACUCAACGACGCACUCCGCCAGGCCGCAAAGGAAGCUGGAACUCAAGCAAUUGAUGAUACCGGUGAAAUUUCAAUGGAAAUAGCAGACCAAGAAAUCACUGGUGCAUUCAAGCCAUGGAUCCAGAAGGGCCAGAGACAGAGUUUCGACUGGGACGACCUAAGUGCUCGCCAUGAUCAAGAGAAUGUCAACCCCGCCAAGUCCGUCUCGACCCAGGACUUUCCUGCCUCGGAUGGCAUGGAUGAGGACGAGGAUCUGAGUAUGGAUGUGACUAACGUUGUUGGUGGAAUUUUGGGUAGAGCAACUCGACUUCGCCAGAGCGCUGUCAGUCGCAAAUCCCUGGGCCAAGAAACCAACUACGGCGAUCAGACCAUGGAGAUGACUGCCAUGGUUGGCGGCAUUGCGGCCACAGAGUCUCCCAUGAGGCCCUUCGACGAGGGCAACGAAGAUGAAGAGAUGACUAUGGAGUUCACAUCAGUCGUUGGUGGUGUUUUGAACAAGGGACCACCACUCCAACCACUUGCGGAUACCAGCACGGAACAGCCAGGCUCCUACACCCCCAAAUCUGAUCGCAUGUCUCCGGAUGGGGAUGAUGGCUCCGAUGGGGGUAUGGAAAUGGAGAUCACUGGUAAUAUUGGUGGUAUAUUGCCCUCGGGAUUGGAGACCCCAGAUAAAGCUCAGGCCAAGAGGAUCAUGGAGCUUGAGGCCGAAUCUGGCCAGCUGGGAAGCUCACCAUUCCAGAACGCUGACCAGCAAUCUCCUCCCAAGUCUCCUGCAAAAUCGUCUCUCGCAUUACAGGUUGCUACUGUUGCCUCGGAGAAUGGCAGCCCCAGUUUGGCGAGCGUUCCCCCCAGACGCUCAUCGCGACGUAGCUCCGUGCUGGAAGCAUCCCGAACCCCGGAACUGGCCACUCGCCAGCAAUCGCUAUUGGAAAGACCAACUACGCCCUCGCAACAGUUGACACCUCAGCCUCGACCAACAACGCCCAGCAAAACUCCGCCUUCUGCCAAUGUUACAUUCCGCAGUGCCUCUCCUAAGAAGCUAUUCAAGCCUGAGAUCAAGCAGUCAGCAGAGAAACAGAAAUCUUCUCGGCUGAGCAUCUUUGAGCAGGAUAUUUUCACUGGCCAGUCGACACCCCGGAUUGUUCUUCAACCUCGCGAAGGGCGUCUCUCUUCUGGCCUAGGGAUCGAUAAGGAAGGCCUUGGUUCGCCUCGCGUUGCGGCCCUUCUAGAUAAACGACUAUCACUGGGUGAGAAUACACCGCAAUUUAUACCUCAAGAGCGGCCCCGUGUUGGUGGUGUACGCUUUGAAGACCCGUUGAAGAUGCAGGAAGAUGAGGAUCGAGAACGCGAGGAGGAGGAGCUCCGAGAAGAUGGUCAUAUUCCCUCAGUCAACCCUACGAGCCGAGAUCCCACGUCGAGUUUGAAAGAUCUGAUCUCACGUAUGAGCCCGAAGAAGGGUAAGAUUGGAAAUCGCAAGAGUCUUCACGUCGGUGCUGCUCGUGGUAUACUUGGCAAGCGUCCUGCUGAGCUCGACUUGGACGAAGAAGAGGCAGAGAACUCACCCAAGCGACUGCGUGGCCAUACCGUGAGUCCAGUCAAGGGUGUAAGGUUACCAGGCCCAAGCCAUGAGAGUACUACUGGUCACCGGUCCAUUAGAUCUCCAGUUCGUAGAGCUCGCAGCUCAUCCCCUCUUAAGGGUAGCACUACUCCUACGCAAGAGCCCAGAAAUGUUUCUAAUAAUGGAACAACGCCUCUGAAGAGAGGUAUUGAUGCCCUGCAUCUGGCUUCUGAUCCUCAGCAGCCGGAGGAAGAAGAGGCGGAGGCUACUGUCGAGGACCAGGCCGAGGAAGCCGAGCCUAUCCAACUGCAAGAUUUCCUUAACAUGACCAAUGUUCACUUUAUGGAGCUCACCACGACGAAAAGGCGGCACACCACCGCCCCAGGGAGUGCUUCCAAGCGGCUGAGUAGGGCUUCUUUGGAGAACGUUGCCAAACAAGGCGUGAUUACGUUUGACGACUGCGUGGCCGCGGGCUUCUGCACGGUACCCAUGCUGGAGUUGUACCAACACUCUUGCCGUGAACUGAAGUCGUAUAUCUCAGAAGGUCGCCAAGUGAUUCGGUCCAUUGAAGUUGAGACGUAUGAGGACAACCCUCCUCUCUUCCAUGAGUAUAUGACGGCCCCGCCAGAUAUUCGAGUGAUUAUGGACAAUCAGUUUCGAAAUGUGAAGACCCAUGCACGCCUGCUCAGCAAGGCCACCUGGUACGAAUGGCGCAUGAAGCUCCUUGAGGGUCUGAAGGAAGGACUUCACCGCCAUGUGAAGGAUAUGAAGGCGGAUGAUGAGCUGCUAUCUAAAAGCGAGUCGCUCCUUGAGAGCACCGUACCACCUUUGGUCGAGAAGCACGCAUCUCUUCAGCAAGAGGCCACCAAUCUGCAGCAACUGGUCGAAGAGAUGGAAAGCUGUGACCAGGACGAACUGCGAGGCGCACGUGAACAGCUUUCUAGUGUUGAGGAGGAGAUCGAAGCCAGGAAACGAGAACUCGAGCAAUUGCAAGCGGAGGCGCAGGAGAAGACCAACAUCAUUGAAGCCGGAAGCGAGCUGCGGGAUGAGUACCUUGCACAAAUCCAAGAGGCGGAGCGUGUCAAGGAAGAGUGUCGCGGAUGGAGUGCUCGGGAUAUUCGCGAGCUUAAGGCUUCUGUCCAGAAAAUCGAGCACCAGACCGGCUGGUCAAUUAUUCUAGCGUCGACCCCUGAGGAGUCUUCGGCUAGCCCGAUGUUGACCAUGUCAUAUCGUGGCCAGCUGCAAAUUAAAUUCCACCCUGGUGCAUUUGCUACAAAGACUUUGUCCGCUGAGAAGACCAACCUGCCUCUGGAGUUGACUUCUACCAAGGGCAAAUCGAUCUCUCUCAUCGCAUCUCUGGUCUUGCAAUCAUUGCAGCAGCAUCUGGCCACGAUCCAGCAAUCCAAAAUCACCCCGAGGCAACUUUUGCGCUUCAUCUCAAAUGCCUGGGACCGCACUACCGGCCUCGAGAACGAGGCUCGUAUGCUCGAGUUCUGCGGUCUAACCCGCCUCAACCUGUCGGAUCCCAGUGACACUUCGCUCUUCCUGCGUGCUCGCUGCACUCUUCUCGGCAAUGCAGCCGUAUCCUCCACUCCAGGUCGUAAAGGCGCCGCAGCAAAGAACAACGGUGCCAAGCGCAUCGACGUUGACUUUACUGUUCGCACGCGGAUUGAUACCGAGGUCAAAGAUUUGAAAGAGAUUGGGUCUCUCGACUUUGACGUUGAUGUCGUUGCCACAAAAGUCUACGGGUUUGGUGCCGGUAAUAAGUCGGGUCUCUCAGGCAAAGAGAUGCAGAGUAUCUUGGGCAAGGGAAUGGUCCGGGAUGAAGGACAGACUCUUGGAAAUGGGGUCUGGUGCAAGGCUGUACAGAUGCUCACUGGAUCGGUGUUUUAACGGAGGACUUAUGAUAUAUCGUUAUGUUUACUUUCUAGGUGGCUGGAAUGGAUGGGAUUGGGACGGUUCUAGGGGGUAUGGGUCUCGAGCAACGGCGUUUCUGGUCGAGGUGGUUAUGGAGGGAUUAUCAUUGUAUCUCUUGGGCUUGAGCGAUUUAUUGUUUGAAUGAUUAUGCAUUUUCCCACCAUUUCAACCCCUUGUAUCUCGAAAUGAAGGUACACUGUAAUUAUUGAGUGGUAACGUCCCUCGAAGAAAACACUCGCUUCAUCCAACCCAUGCAAUUCAGCGAAUGGCCAGCAGGUCAUCGUAACCUAGGCGAGGAACAGGCUAUUCCAUAUACAAGUAGAAACCCUGUGCAGGUGCAGAAAGAACAAUGAACCCAAUAUGUACAGACGCUAAGUUUGACUGCUCACUAAAAUAAUCCCAAAAACCCAUUCGGCCAACUCAUCUCCGCCGCAUCCUGCCCCGCCCUUUGAUCCUGCGCCGUCCUCGGCGGCAUGUAAUCAUUAUACCCCAUCCCCACUCCCGUAUACCCCGUCUCCGAGGCACUCAUAUCCAGUUCCGUCUCGGGAGGGACGUCCAGGAAUGAUUCUGCAGAUAGAAUGGGGAGCUGGACAUUUUCUGCGAUUGCGGAGGCGGCGAUGGUCUCGUUUGGGAAGAGACCGGACCAGAUGUUGUCACCAAAUUGCCAGUCCGCUGUCAGGGGGACUUGCCAUGAUGCGGGGAACGUGGUUGUGCCUGGUGUAGUGCUGCUGGUUGAGAAGGGGGAUUGGGUGCUUUCUAGUGGCGGAGAUUCGGUUGUUUGUGCCGUGGUGUCUUGUCCCAGUUGCCAGGUGGGGAUUGUGUUGGAUGGGAAGUCUGUGGGUGAUGUACCAUUGAGAUCUUGGAGGCCCAAGCCGAUCGGAUAGUUUGCAGGUGGGAUUGAAGGCUGCGAGGGUAUGGAUGAAGGGAAGGGGUUCGUGACGCUUGGGCUUAGUGGUACGACGUAGCCUUCCGAGUUGAUGGGUGGCAAUCCCUCGAUGGCUUCGGGGAUACUAAGUGCGGACAUGUGGGGGUAAUUUGUGGUCGAGACGUUUGAUACAUGUGGAGCUGUGGAGGAGAAGUGGGGAUGGGAGCGCGUGGAGUCGGGAGUUAUCGAUGUGCGGAGGGUUGAGGGUUGAUGACGGGCUUUUGCGUGUGAUCUUGAAGACCGUUGGUUAUGCCUCUUUGUGCCGGGCUGUUGGCUCUGGUGGCCGUGAUCAUCGGGACCCCAGGCCCGUUUUUCUCCUCUCUCAAUCGCCAGUUUGGCAAUACGUUCGAGAUUGGCACUCAUGCGGGUCAUGAAGCCAGCAUAAUGGACGGGCCCGUCGCCUGGGUGGGAUAGGGUUGCGAAGAAUGUUGCCACCAUGUUGAGAGAUUGAAGGUCUUCUUGAAUUUGGGCGUGGCGGGUGUCGCGGAUGAUGUGCGAGAAGAUGGUUGCUGCAGCCAGGAAGAUGUAGUAUAGCAAUGACC